GUUCUGUCUCCCCCCUUGAGCCGCCGCACUGUUCAUCUUCCUCCCCCAGCAGGCACCCCUCUUCCUUCCCCAAGGCUCCUUCAUCACCAAUAGCCAAAGCAAGUUCCAUGGCUCCAGCAGCUGCCCAACCCCUCUCCAUGAGCCACACAGCCCAACCAGCAGUUCUUCUUCAUGUCUUCUCCUUGAGAAGAGAAAGAAGAUAGUUGGGCACCAUGGACAGAGAGAAAGAAGCAGCUUGUGGGGAGGUAGCACCUAAGAGGAACUAAUGCGGUUCAACAUCAUCUACAAGCCUCUGAAGAUUGUAUUUGCAGGAGUGGAGCUCUUGGGGUUCAGCACCAUCUGUGUAAGUCCUCUAAUCAGACUCUGAAGAUGGAUGUGCAAUGGGUUUUUUUGUUGUUGUUGCUGCUGCCUUGUAUCUGUUUGCUUUGCUCCUUGCAUUCUCUUUGUUUUUCCUUGCUACAGAGCCCCGGAAACAGCACUAGCAAAUUCUCUCGUAUCCUCCCUGCUCGUACUAAAGCCCCCGCCGAUCCGAACCAACCGAAUUCCCCUCCCCCGCCCGCACAUCUGCCCCCGCUCCGCACCCCGAAAUCCCCCGCCCCUCCCCCUCUCCCCCGAUCCAUUCUCUCCCCUCCUCCCACCUGGCCGACGCCAUGGCCUCGACGGGAUCCCCGCCGCCGCCCUGCUCUCGGGGAGACCCCCGCCGCCGCCCUGCCGUCCAGCGGACCCCCACCGCCGCCAUGCCCGCGACGAGGUCCCCACCGCCGCCCUGCCCUACGGGCGUUCUCUACCGCCGCGCUUCUCUGCAGGCGAUCCCCACCGCCGCCAUGCCUGCGAGGAGGCCCCCAUCGACGCCCUGCCCUACGGGAGAUCCCUACCGCCGCGCUCUUCUGCGGGCGAGCCCCACCACCGCCCUGCUCUCCCGGAGUUCCCCGCCGCCGCCCAGGGAGAUCCCGGCGGCAGCCCUCCCCUCCGGCAAGACGCGGUUCUCGCCCGAGAAGUGGGAGGGCUACUACUUCCUUGAAGAUGCCGAAGGCUAUCUGUUCCAGGAGGCCGAUGGUGGGUUCUACUUUUUGGAGUGCUUUGAAGGGGAGGGCUACUAUUACCAAAGCGAAGAAAGUGACUACUUUCACACCGGACAAAGUCUAUAUGACAAGGAUUACGGCCUGCAGACCCUUGAUUCUGAGCUACAGGCACUCUCCCUCCACAGCGACCUCGGCAAGCGGGGCCAGCUCCUGGAGGAGCGCUGCAAGGGGAGCAAGGCGCGGGACGAUGACUGCCGCGACGGUGGCUCUCCUUGCCUGAAAGUUCUCGAGGCUUCAGGAGUCUCCGGGCAUCGUCAUAUUGCCAGGCGUGAGCCAAAGAAAGGUGUCUAGUUCCUGCUGGCAGAAGUGGAUAAUCUUCUUGUUGGCGAAACCCAUGUUCUGAUCACUCAGUAGCGCUCUAGUUUGGAUUUUCUAGCCGUGUCCACUUUCACUUCCUAUGAAGUGAUAUCCUCAACUGCGUCUUGUAAUCAGCCACAAAAGAUCUACACAGACCUGACUGGACCUGAUGUAAUGCGUUGCUUGUGAUUGUAGAAGAGUUGUCAUUGGUACGUUGAAGAAAUUUGCAAUGAAGUCUUCAGAAAGCCAAGAGAUUCGUGCUAUUUUUCA